UCGCACCUUGAAAGUAUUUCUCCCGACUCCUUAAUUUUCCUCAGCUUUAUCCACCGCCGAUUCAUUACCGAUAAGACACUAAGAACAGUUAAUAUGCCUGGGCCUUCUCCUUGCCGUAAGUAUAACCAUUCAUUCAACCUCCCUUUGGUCACGGGUUAACGAAGGUGUUUUGGUUAGUAUAUACCCGUGAUUUAGUCGGACCAGCAGCGACUGUAAUUUGCGGUGCCUUUCUUUUUGCUAUGGAUAUCCUGAUAAGAUCGGAUAUUCAACAAACGCAAACGAAAGUUGACAGCAUCUACAUCGACCUCACAAUCGCCAAGGCAGACAUCAAAGAUGUUAAGACCGAGUUGACCACCAUGAAGUCCGAGCUUACCACUGUCAAAAGCGACAUUAUGGGCAUACAAACCAAUGUUACAAACACAAGAAACGACCUCCUCAAUCAAAUCCGUUAUGCGAGGCAUGUUGCCGGAAGCUCCCCUUUGGCAUUUAUUUCACCUGACCGCAAGAAAUCCGGGGCCGAUGAGAAGGAUUCUUAAUAAAAAAUCCAUCGAGGUUGCCUAUAAG